AUGUGCCUGGUACUUUGGGAUACCCUCCAUCCUUUAUAUUUGAAGUUUCCAUCUACCAAGCAGGAUUGGCUUCACAUUGUAAGUGGUUUUCAAACAAGAUGGAACUUUUCUCAUUGUUUAGGAGCCUUGGCUGGAAAACAGGUCACCAUUCAAGUGCCUUCUAUAAGUGGAUCAUUGUUUUUUAAUUAUACGAAACAAUUCAGUAUUGUUCUUUUAGCAGCCUGUGACAGCCCAUACAGAUUUACAAUGGUAGAUAUUGGAGGUUAUCGAUCCCAAAGUGAUGGAGGAAUAUUUAAAGAAAGCAUAUUUGGAACACGCUUUGAACAACAAGAGUUCAACAUCCCCGAUCCUGAGGUUUUGGAUGAAACUUCCAAUGUUGAAAUUCCUUACUUUCUUGUUUCCGAUGAAGCCUUUCCUUAA